AUGACCCUCGGCAACGUAAUUCAUCGCUACUUCAAUCCCCAAAACUUGACACCCCCUUUCUUCCAAAUCUUCGAUGAAGGAUUCUUCACCAUCUUGGGCGACUCGCCUUCCAUUCGGCUUAUUACGGAGAACGAUAGCUAUGCAUUUGCACACGAGGCCCCUGUCUAUCUUCCAGAGAAGAAUGAGCUUUGGUUCAGCAGUAACGAUGGCGGUCCUCUUGGUAUGAGUAAUCGAUUUACAGAUAACAAGAUCUGGAAGAUCAAUCUUGAUGAGGCCGAAGCAGGGAACGCAACACUUUACGAGGUGCCCAUCACACCACCUCUAGAGAUGACGAAUGGUGGCACUCUUUAUGCAAAUGGACAGCCUCUCUUCAUCCAAUCUGGGCGGGCGGAAUUGCCACCAACGCUUGCGAUCGUGAAUCCGUCUCCGCCGUACAAUUCGACGGUUAUUCUUGAUAAUUUUUAUGGACGUCAAUUCAAUUCUUUGAACGAUGUGAAGGUCCACCCUGUCAGCAAGGCCAUUUUCUUCACGGAUGUCACAUAUGGGUGGUUGCUAUAUUUCCGGCCAAUGCCUGCCCUGCCAAAUCAAGUUUAUCGCUUUGACCCAGCUUCCGGGGCCGUGCGUGUUGUUGCAGAUGGAUUCGACCGGUGCAAUGGGAUUGCCUUCUCGACUGACGGAUCUCGAGCCUAUGUCUCGAACAAUGCAAUUGAUCGAUAUCGGACAGUUCUGAUACGGGCGAAAAUGUUUGACGUAGAUCCUUUGACGCAACGCUUUUUGAAUCGACGUGUUUUUGCAUAUGCAGACACAGGUAUACCGGACGGCAUCCAGCUUGAUGCUCUCGGAAACAUUUACAGCGGAACAGGAGAUGGAGUGCAGAUUUGGAACCCUGCCGGAUUUAUUGUCAACUCCCGUCGUUAG